AUGAGAAUUCCACUAUUGUUCGUUGUUCACUAUCACCAUGAUAAGAUAAACUUACCAAAGCACCCUGCUGUAGCUAUUCUGCCCCUCGGGACAGGAAACGACCUUGCCCGCUGUCUCCGUUGGGGAGGAGGUUAUGAAGGAGGCAACUUAAUAAAAGUCCUGAAAGACAUUGAGCACAGUACAGAGGUCAUGCUCGACCGGUGGCAAAUUGACGUGAUUCCCAAUGACAAAGAGGAGAAUGGCGACCCUGUCCCAUACAGCAUCAUCAACAAUUAUUUUUCCAUAGGGGUGGAUGCAUCCAUUGCACACAGAUUCCAUAUGAUGAGGGAAAAACAUCCUGAAAAAUUCAACAGCAGAAUGAAGAAUAAACUGUGGUAUUUUGAAUUCGGUACUACUGAAACCUUUGCUGCCACAUGCAAAAAGCUCCAUGACUAUGUAGAGAUUGAGUGUGAUGGAACAGUUCUGGAUCUGAGUAGCACUUCUUUGGAGGGUAUUGCAGUCCUCAACAUUCCCAGCAUGUAUGGAGGCUCCAACCUCUGGGGGGAAACCAAGAAACAACGCAGCUAUAACCGGAUGAGCAAGAAAGUACCUGAAAAGUUACAAUCCUCAGUUGUUACAGAUGCCAAAGAGCUAAAGUUCUGUGUCCAAGACCUUAGUGAUCAGCUCCUGGAAGUUGUGGGACUUGAAGGGGCUAUGGAGAUGGGACAGAUCUAUACUGGACUGAAAAGUGCUGGCAAGAGGCUGGCCCAGUGUUCCUCCGUCACCAUCAGGACAACCAAGCUGUUGCCCAUGCAAGUAGAUGGAGAGCCCUGGAUGCAGCCCCCCUGCACAAUUAAAAUUACCCACAAAAGCCAAGUGCCAAUGUUGCUAGGCCCUCCCCAAAAGACCAGCUUCUUCUUCUUCAGGAGAAGAAACCGAACUCGAGAUUAAUCUGCAACCAAGCGAAGAAUACUCUUCAAA